GCACGAAUUAGUCGAAACAUCGGACAAAAUUGUAUCGAAUGCCUAAAAAUCCACGACUCGGUGGAAAAAGCUAAUCGCAAACACACGUAUGCUUCAGGACUGGUCAAGCUUGGGGUCCACUGCGUGUUGGGCAAGAAGGUGGCGAUCAAAAUCAUCAACAGGGAAAAGCUGUCCGAGUCCGUGCUGAUGAAAGUGGAACGGGAGAUCGCGAUUAUGAAACUGAUCGACCAUCCUCACGUUCUCGGCCUCUCAGAUGUGUACGAAAACAAGAAAUAUCUGUAUCUUGUCCUGGAACACGUAUCGGGCGGGGAGCUUUUCGAUUAUUUAGUGAAGAAGGGUCGACUGACGCCGAAGGAAGCGAGGAGAUUUUUUCGACAAAUCAUUUCUGCGUUAGAUUUUUGUCAUAGCCAUAGUAUAUGUCACAGAGACUUGAAGCCUGAGAAUUUGUUGUUGGACGAGAAAAAUAACAUUAAGAUAGCGGACUUCGGGAUGGCGUCGCUGCAACCUGCCGGCUCCAUGCUAGAAACCAGCUGCGGCUCUCCUCAUUACGCCUGUCCCGAGGUGAUUCGAGGUGAGAAAUACGACGGAAGGAAGGCGGACGUUUGGUCGUGCGGCGUGAUACUUUACGCGCUUCUGGUAGGCGCGUUGCCCUUCGACGACGACAACCUGAGGAAAUUGUUGGAGAAAGUGAAACGAGGCGUGUUCUAUAUACCGCACUUUGUGCCGCCCGAGUGUCAGAAUCUGCUCAAGGGGAUGAUCGAGGUCGAUCCAGACAAGAGACUAACGCUGGCGGAGAUAAACAGGCACGUGUGGGUGACGGCAGCGGGCAAAGGCGAGCUAGAGUUAGAGCUGUCGAUGAUGGACGUGGUGCAGACGCACGUUAUUCCGUCCGUGGAGGCGAUCGAUCCCGACGUGUUGCAAGCGAUCGCGAGCCUAGGUUGCUUCAAGGAACGGGACAAACUGAUCCAGGAACUCCUCAGCCCGAAUCACAACACGGAGAAGGUGAUAUAUUUUCUGCUGCUGGAGAGGAAACGGAGGAGACCAGCGUGCGAGGACGAGCUGGAAGUAAUGAGAGGAGGCAUGAGAGGAUCCGCCGGACAGUUGGAAGCGGACCCACCGAGAAAGCGAGUGGACACGUGUCGAGUGAACGGCAGCACCACCCUGAAUCUCGGUGAAAUUAGCCACGGUUCUCCUUUAACGCCUCGAAGACAGUCGAGCACCAGGCAUCACGCUCGUCGUUCGCCAAGUACCGGGUGCCACACACACGCGUCGCAUUCGCACGCAUCGACGCCAGGUAGCUCGCCGUUGCACGUCUCGAACGCGGUCGCAGGGCUGCUCAGUCCUCACAGGGCCCCUCCACCGACCUCGCACCUAGGUCAAACGAUAAGCCCUCACCGGCUGUCGGCGGUGACGGCCACUGCGGGGAACGGAAACACCAGCACGCCAUCUGUCAUGGCCCCUGUCCCAGUGCUGCCCAACGUCGGGAUAGAGAUAAACGACGUCCAACAGGGUGAGGCUUUUGCCAUCCUAGUUGCGGUCGGCGUUACACCGCCAGGCUCGCCGCACACUGGCGCCGGUUCUAGCGCUCAUCACUGGCGAUCGAGGUUGACCACCAUCAAAAACUCGUUCCUCGGAAGUCCCCGAUUUCAUCGGCGCAAACUGCUCACGAGCGCCGAGGAGGUACAUCUCACGCCGGAUUCCUCGCCGGAGCUUACAAAGAAAUCGUGGUUCGGUAGUCUGAUGACCACGGAAAAGGACGAAACGUUCACGAUUUUGGUGAAGGGGAAGGCGCUGGCCAGCGUCAAAGCCGACCUGAUUCACGCCUUUUUAUCGAUAGCGGAGCUGUCCCACAGCGUGAGCUCGCCGAUGUCCUUCAAAGUGGAAUACAAAAGGGGAAGCACGGCGCCGGCCAUGUUCCAGAGACAAGUCCGUUUUCAAGUCGACAUUAGCACCAUAUCGAAACAGCCGAACGAACUGUUCGCUAUAACCUUCACUCUACUGAGCGGCAACAUCCGAAGAUUUCGAAGGGUAUGCGAGCACAUUCAGUCACAGGUCUGCUCGAGAAACGUAGGAAUAAAUUUGGGGGGCCAGAACCGCGGAGCAGCGCCCCCUAGUCCGCGAGCGUCCCGGAAAUUCACCACGGAGAUGAGCGAAAGUUCCAGCUGCGGGAGCGACACCAGCGAACGAUCGUUCCUCAGCCCGCACCCAGCUACCAGACAGAUCGAUUCGGACAUCGAAUCGGACACUUCCGUGUUCGACGUGAAGUCGCCGACCCGGGAGAACGGCCGCCGCAGCUCCACGUCGACCAACAACAACAAUCCGUUGCCAGGCGACUCGACGCCGACCCCUGGAAGCCCGACGAAGGCGGUGCGCAGCAACUCCGAGAGUCAAAACACGCCGGAGAAAAAAUGCGUGACCACGAUGAGCGGCAACAACAUAGCGUGAUACUACCAGAACUUCCGUUUCGAGUUCCGAUCAAGCUUGAAGAACCUGUGGGACAGUGCCCAGAGAUUCUGGUGAUCGUACACGCGAGUACCCCAGUUGCUUCGUCAAACGAUCCAAUCCGAUCCGAUCCGAUCCGAUCGGCUCGGAAGAAAUGAUCCUGGAAGCCCUCGAGUUCUUUCGAUGACACCGACGAUGCAAAAAUCAGCAUUCAAUCGUAAAAGGCGAGAUGCCGAAUCGACGCGACGAUUCCUUUCGGGAAUAAGAGAAAAAUCGAUCGACUACGAUUUUUUCGACAACAGAGACGAGAGGAACGAACUCCUGUUCGAAAAAGGAUGUACAUGUUCGUCUGCAAGGAGAGUGAUUCGCGGAGAUAUGUCGAAAGAAGAAUACUGGAGGGGAGAGGAUUUCGUCGAGUCGUCACGUGCGCGAGCAUAUUCGACCAAUAGAAACGACGAGAGGUGGGGAGGGGAGGGGAAUUGCUGUGCUCUUUCGAUGCCUCGUUGCACGGUGGUGUCGUCGUGUGAGAUCGUGUGAGAUCGUGUGAAAUCGUGUGAUCGUCCCGUCACAGAGAUAUUUCUGUGACGCGCGGUUUUACCUGUAUGUGAAGUGCAAUAGUGACAUCGUAACCGGUAUAUGUGCGUCGGAUCGUGCCGUUGUAAGAACGAAAUUUACCGGUACGUAUAUAUAUAUAUAUACAUA